UGAUUUGGGUAUAAAAAAGCCCACAAAUUUUGGCAAGGUUUAAUUCAACAAAAUGUUCUGGGCGACAAUUACCUUGUGUCUCUUGGUGGGAGCUUCUGCGCUACCACUUGACUCACGGAUUGUAAAUGGUACAGACGCCGAUCCAGGGGACGUUCCAUUCAUUGUAUCUCUAAGGGUUAAUCACAGACACAGCUGUGGUGCUACAAUUCUCAACGAAAAAUAUCUCUUAACGGCAGCUCACUGUGUCCAGAAUCCAGUUGAUCGCUACAGUAUCCAGUAUGGUUUAACCCACAUUAUUUCUGGAGAAGACGCUCCAAAUGUGAUCAAAGCUGCUAAACUUACACCACACGAGAAUUAUGUUGCUGGGAAUGGGUACGUGAACGACGUAGCCGUAAUAGAGCUUGAAGAUUCUCUCCCUCUUGGUCCCUAUGUUCAACCAACGACGCUACCACCGGCUUAUAAUGCCACCCCAGAAAACUCUAUCGCUUUGUUGGCAGGAUGGGGGCUUCCAUAUACGAAUGGUUCCGUCAUGACGGAUCUUCAAAAAGUGAACAUUUUGGUGUUUCCUGAUGCCGAUUGUGAAAGGAUUCAUGCUUUGACGGGACCUACGCAUUGGUCCAGGCACGUGUGUGCAGGAGUUCCCGAAGGUGGUAAAGGACAAUGUAACGGUGAUUCUGGUGGUCCUUUGAUAGUUGAUGGGGUACAGAUUGGCAUUGUGUCAUGGUCGGUGAAGCCCUGCACGGUGAAAGGGUAUCCAGGGGUGUUUGCCAAAGUUUCCAAUUACGUGGACUGGAUUAAAGACAAAAUAACUAGUUGAUUGUAUAAAAUUUUUAAUAAAGUUUUGCAUAUUUUA